AUGGGACAAGGAGACUCUGUGUGCCGACUGCAAGGCUCAGCACAACCACCUGAACUGGCCCAAGAUGGGGAUCUUGUAAUUGGAGGCAUAUUUUCAUUUCGCACAACGCAGGAUUAUGUAAUUAACACAUUUCAGACAUUUCCAGAAGUCCGAAAAUGCAACAACAUCAACUUUAGGGAAUUUAAAUUUGCUCAAGUGGUCAUGUUUGCCAUAAAUGAGAUCAACAAGAACACUAAUUUGCUCCCUAAUGUUAAACUGGGCUACAAGAUAUAUGAUAACUGUGGAACUGUGGACAUUCUGAGAGCUGCACUCGCCCUGGUGAGCGGACUAAAGGAAGAAGUCAAUGAGGACAACUGCAAUAAAUCUGGGACAGUGCAUGCUAUCUUGGGACAUUCAGGAUCGAGACCAACUAUUGCAUUUGCACAAAUUGUUGGAAGGUUCCAUAUACCUGUGAUCAGUCAUUUUGCCACAUGUGCCUGUCUGAGCAACAGGAAAGAGUACCCCACUUUUUUCAGAACUAUUCCCAGUGACUAUUACCAGAGCAGAGCACUGGCAAAGCUGUUCAAGCACUUUGGUUGGACAUGGAUUGGGGCUCUAGCUGUGGAAAACGAAUAUGGCCUGAAUGGCAUUGCUGCAUUUAUCCAAGCUGCACAAGAAUAUGGAGUGUGCAUUGAGUAUUCUGAAGUAUUUUCCUCGUCAUAUCGUCCUGACAGACUUCAGAGAAUAAUCGAGAUCAUUAAGCAUGCCACUUCCAAAGUGAUUAUGGCUUUUAUGUCUCACAGAGAAAUUAAGUUGCUGGCAAAAGAGUUAUUCAGACAGAACAUUACAGGGCUGCAGUGGGUUGGCAGUGACGCCUGGAUCACAGAUGACUCUCUGACUGACAGUGAGGGACACAGCCUCCUGGUGGGCUCGCUAGGCUUCACUGUCAGCAAAGCUAAGAUCCCGGGGCUGGAGGAGCACCUGAGGCAACUCCACCCUUCACAGUUUCCUGACAGUCAGUUUGUCAGAGAUUUCUGGGAAGACGUGUUUGACUGCGCUCUGAAUAACACUGCAAACACACAAAGAAAGCCAUGCAGCGGCUUUGAGAGCUUGCAGACUGUUGAAUCAAAGUUCACUGAUGUCUCUGAGCUGACAUUCACCAAUAAUGUAUACAAGUCAGUUUACGCAGUUGCUCAUGCUCUUGACAACCUGAUUAAAUGUGAGGAAGGUAAAGGGCCUUUUUCAAAUGGGAUCUGUGCCGAUACCAAACACAUUCAACCAUGGCAGGUCUUGCAAUAUCUCAACACUGUGAAUUUCACUACUGAGGAAGGAGAAAGAGUUUAUUUUGACAGUAAUGGAGAUUCACCGGCAAGAUAUGAACUUGUAAAUCUACAAAUGACAAACAAAGGAACCAUGGAAGGAGUAACAAUUGGCAUUUAUGAUGCAUCUCUUCCAGAGAUUCAUCAGUUUAUCUUAAAUAACAUCCCAGUUGUCUGGGGAAAUGGUCUGACCAAGGAGGUUCCUGUGUCAGUCUGCAGUGAGACCUGUCUCCAAGGAACCCGUAAGGUCCUCCAGAAAGGCAAGCCAAUCUGUUGUUAUAAUUGCAUACCCUGUCCAGCAGGCGAAAUCAGUAAUUUAACAGACUCAAUACACUGUAUGAAAUGCCCAUCAGAGUACUGGUCCAACAAGAAGAGAGAUACUUGUGUCAACAAAGCAUUAGAAUUUCUGGCAUAUGAUGAAAUUCUUGGAACUUUGAUUGCCUUUUUUGCUCUGCUUGGAGUUUGUCUAACUAUGAUAACAAUACUAGUCUUCUACGCCCACAAAGAAACCCCUAUAGUACGAGCUAACAACUCUGAGCUGAGCUUCCUGCUGCUCUUCUCCUUGACUCUGUGUUUCCUGUGUUCUCUAACCUUCAUAGGCCGGCCCACUGAGUGGUCCUGCAUGCUGCGACACACAGCAUUCGGCAUCACCUUUGUCCUCUGUAUCUCUUGUGUUCUGGGGAAAACUAUCGUGGUGUUAAUGGCCUUCAGGGCCACACUUCCAGGUAGUAAUAUGAUGAAAUGGUUUGGGCCUGCACAGCAGAGACUCAGUGUUCUGUGUUUCACUUUCAUACAGGUUCUUAUUUGCACAUUGUGGCUGACAAUCAACCCUCCAUUUCCAUUCAAUAAUAUGUUGCUCCAUAAGGAUAGAAUAAUCUUAGAGUGUAAUUUUGGCUCAGCUGUUGGGUUCUGGGCUGUGUUAGGAUAUAUAGGACUUCUAGCUAUAUUAUGUUUUGUACUUGCUUUUCUGGGAAGAAAACUGCCUGAUAACUUCAAUGAAGCCAAAUUCAUCACCUUCAGCAUGUUGAUAUUCUGUGCAGUCUGGAUCACAUUUAUCCCCUCAUAUGUCAGCUCUCCUGGGAAGUUCACUGUUGCUGUAGAGAUAUUUGCUAUUCUGGCUUCAAGUUAUGGAAUGCUUUUAUGCAUUUUUCUGCCAAAAUGUUAUGUAAUCUUGUUCAGACCUGAGCAGAACACUAAGAAACACAUAAUGGGAAAGAUGUCUAAUCAUGACAUAAGUUAUUAA